UUCCCACUGUGGUAUAUGACAUGGCCACGGCCUCAUCCAGAGCAGAGUCCAGCCAUAACCACAGAGGAACGUCACAGCUCCAUGCCAUCGUUUCCUGUGCCAAAAUCAAGAGGAAGAAGAGCCUGUUUGGGACGGCCAUCUAUGUGGAGGUGACAGCAGAGGGGGAGUCGCGCCGCACAGCAAAGUCUCACAGCUCCUCCAGUCCUAAAUGGGAUGAGAGGCUCACUCUGAAUGUAACACCGCACACACAGGUGGAUUUCAAAGUAUGGAGUCACAACACCCUGAAGGCGGAUGCUUUGCUGGGCAGAUCCACGCUGGACCUCACUCAAGCCUUGGAGCAGCAUGACAGGAAAUUGGAGAAUGUGAAGGAGGUGCUGAAACUCAGCGUGGAGCACAAGGGAGCUGUGGUCCCCACAGGAGAGCUGACUGUCUACCUAGACGGUCUGACUGUUACUGUCCAGGAGGAACUGGCACCGCUUACCAACGGCAAUGCAGCAAAUGGCACCAGUGAGCUGAGUAUUCAACAGAAUGGUGAUGCCAUCCAUGAAAAUGGAGACUCAUCCUCCUCUUGCUCAAUGGCUGCCAUCAGCACUCUGAAUGGUACAGACUUGCGCCCGAGGUCAAGUUCCUGUUCGGCCUCCAAUGGAUUGGAUGCUCAGGUGCCUUCCAGUUCCUGCAGCUCUCCCCUUGGUCACGCCAUCGUCAAUGGAGACGUCACACCCAACUCCACCCCAGUCCACCGACCCUCAGACAGUGACGCCGAGAGUAGGACAGUCAAUGGAGAGUCCUGUGACGCUGCUCUCGGGCCAUCGUCUGCCACAACAGAAGGUGUGCCGCCCCCUGCAGAUAACCACCAGGACUGCAAUCAAGAUUCCACCCCUCCAGACCCCGACACAGCGCCUGACGGCAUCCCCCAAAACCUGCCCAGCUCCACACAGGCUCCAGCCCCAUCUUCUGCUGCUAAGCCUACUGAUGGCACUGCUGUUGCUGCCUCCACUGUCAGAUCCCCGCCACAGGGGCCCCCCGCUAUCACAACCUCCUCAUCGUCGUCCUCCCCACCCCCAGCAAUUGGAGACGGGAAUGCUUCAGCAGGAGGCGGGGGCAGCAGUAGCAGCAGUGCAGCAGCAACUGCAGAUGGAGCCAAGCCCAGUCAACAGGCCCCUAAUGCUGGAGCCCCUGACCCUCUGCCUCCAGGGUGGGAGCAGAGGAAAGACCCACAUGGGAGAACUUAUUAUGUAGACCACAACACCAGAACUACGACCUGGGAAAGACCACAGCCACUACCACCAGGUUGGGAGCGACGGGUUGAUGACCGGGGAAGGAUCUAUUAUGUGGACCACAACACCCGCACCACCACAUGGCAGCGUCCCACCAUGGAGUCGGUCCGCAACUUUGAGCAGUGGCAGAGCCAGCGCAGCCAGCUGCAGGGAGCUAUGCACCAGUUUAACCAGAGAUACCUCUACUCUGCAUCCAUGAUGUCUGCUGAGAAUGAUCCUCUUGGCCCGCUACCUCCUGGAUGGGAGAGACGAGUGGACUCCAAUGACCGAGUGUACUUUGUCAACCAUAACACCAAGACAACGCAGUGGGAAGACCCCCGAACACAAGGGCUACAGAAUGAGGAUCCUCUUCCUGAAGGUUGGGAGAUCCGUUACACAAGGGAAGGGGUCCGCUACUUUGUGGAUCACAACACGCGAACCACCACUUUCAGCGACCCCCGCACUGGAAAAUCCUCCGUCACCAAGGGCCCUCAGAUUGCUUAUGAGCGUAGUUUUCGGUGGAAGCUUGCCCAUUUCCGCUACUUGUGCCAGUCCAAUGCUCUCCCUAGCCAUGUGAAGAUCACCGUCUCCAGACAGACGCUGUUUGAAGACUCCUUCCAGCAAAUUAUGGCCCUGAAGCCUUACGACCUGAGGAGGAGACUCUACGUUAUCUUCAGAGGAGAGGAGGGUCUUGAUUAUGGAGGCUUAGCCAGAGAGUGGUUCUUCUUGUUGUCCCAUGAAGUGCUGAACCCCAUGUACUGUCUGUUUGAGUACGCGGGCAAGAGCAACUACUGUCUGCAGAUCAACCCGGCCUCAGCCAUCAACCCGGACCACCUCUCCUACUUCUGCUUCAUCGGCCGCUUCAUUGCAAUGGCUCUUUUCCACGGCAAGUUCAUUGACACAGGCUUCUCCCUGCCUUUCUACAAACGCAUGCUGAACAAGAAGCUCAUCCUCAAAGACCUGGAGUCCAUCGACCCAGAGUUCUACAACUCACUCAUAUGGAUCAGGGAUAACAACAUUGAGGAGUGUGGUCUGGAGAUGUACUUCUCAGUGGACAUGGAGAUCCUGGGGAAGAUCACUUCCCAUGACCUCAAACCUGACGGAACCAACGUUUUAGUCACCGAGGAGAAUAAGGAGGAGUAUAUCGGCCUUAUGGCAGAGUGGAGGUUCUCCCGCGGGGUUGAAGGUCAGACCAAAGCUUUUCUGGACGGCUUUAACGAGGUGGUUCCACUUCAGUGGCUCCAGUACUUUGAUGAAAAGGAACUUGAGGUGAUGCUGUGCGGCAUGCAGGAGGUAGACCUUCAGGACUGGCAGAGAAACACAGUGUACCGUCACUACACACGGAACAGCAAACAGAUCAUCUGGUUCUGGCAGCUGGUGAAAGAAGUGGACAACGAAGUGCGGCUGCGGCUCAUGCAGUUUGUCACGGGAACCUGCAGACUCCCUCUGGGAGGCUUCGCUGAACUCAUGGGAAGUAACGGGCCGCAGAAGUUCUGCAUUGAGAAGGUGGGGAAGGACACGUGGCUUCCUCGGAGCCACACAUGUUUCAACCGCCUGGACUUGCCUCCUUAUAAGAGCUUCGAACAGCUGAAGGAGAAGCUGCUCUUUGCGAUCGAGGAAACCGAAGGAUUCGGCCAAGAAUAGAGGAGUCCUCUCGCAUUGCCCUCCCUCCCCCAUCGCUGUUUAUUCAGCCAAGUAAAACAAAACAAAAAAAAGAAUUGCACAAGAUAACCACCAAUGUAUAUAAGCUAUUUUGUCAUUUUAAACCAAAUCUUAAUUUGCAGCAUUGUUUUUGCCGCAAACCUGUCCCCCCCCCCCCCGCCCUUAAAAUAUUAUAUGAAACCCCAUCAUGAAAUAUGCAAGCAUUUCAGCAUUUCUGCUCCUCUGUCUAAAAGCAGAAUUCAUGGAUACUUUUUUCCCCUCCCCACUGCAGCUUUUUAAAAGAGACUAAAAUGUGAUUUUGAGAGGAUUUUAUAGCUGAAGCGCGAUCUUCUUUUAAAGCUCUAGUUCUAUAGAGCUUCUUACUGGCGAGAGUAGUAUUGGGGUCUGGUGCCUGAAUUUCUUUUCCCCCCCGUUGGAACCACAGUAAUUGUUGCAAUUUUUUUUGCGUGCUUGCAUGACUGCCUCUGAAGAAAAGGAGACUGCUGAGACCACCAUCUACACACAGACAUUUCAGCAUGGACGCUCUGAUGCUAUAUGAGCCCUCUUUCCGUUAUCAUCAAAAGUGUUUGGGGAUAUACUGCAGAGAACAACCCUCUCUGGACACCAUCAAUCUUUCCUUGGAUAAAGAUAUGAGUCCAGAAAAAAGACUCCAUACAUUUUGCAGAGGAAGGCUACUUAAAGAGUGAGCCAGCCACCUCCACUGCUGCCUAAUGACUCUGUUAGCAAGUAAGUUGACACACUCGCAGGUUUCAUUGAAAGAUUACGCUGUUUCAAAUAACAAAUGACCACAAAAGAGUGUAAAAACGACCCCGGCUCAAUGGGUCCUGUGUGCUUGGUUGAUUAUAUAAUGAAGAAGCCACUGUGGAUAAGAGAGCCCUCAGUUAGAGGUAUUAUAAUAGAGCAAUUAUUAUAAUGAAAUGAAAAAUGUUAAUCAGAAACCGAAGACAGCAUAGUAUACUUAGCCAUCUUGUGUUGUAAUGAGGUCUAAAGGGCAUCUCGUUGAAUAUACAGCUGUGCAAGUACUUAAAGACACUGUUCUCCUUUAUUACUCGACUGAACCUCAUAUGGCAUAAAAAACAUCCAAGUGCAGUGGAAAAUGAUUUGUCAUAAAGGAGGUUGUGGACUUAAAGAAAACCUUUCAAACCCCAUGUGUUAAAGGACUUAAAAGCAACAAAGAAUGGUGCAUGCAGUGAGCGCAGGGAGUGGCCAGGUAAAAUAAAAUAGGCAUUAAACCCAACUUUCAGAGGGGCUGUUAGCGGGGAUGGGCUUCUGAAACCUGUGUGGUGCUGUAGGAAUGUAACAAUACUGUCACAUGGUGUGUAUCAGAGACAAAGCCAUGCUGAGCCUACUUUCCUGAUCGUACCAUUUCAUUUAUCCAGCCCGUGUUCAGUCUCAUUCCUCCUGAGGUGAGAGAGCCUUAGUUUGAAACAGAUGUGUGUUAAUCCGUGAAGUUGCAGGAAGAUAGCCUUUCACAUCCAAAUAAUGAUUAACAAGACACUAAAGUGCCACAGACCAAAUAACGCAACUCCUCAGCAGCCUCAAGCCUGGUGGAGAGUAAUGAGACUUGUGUGUGUGUUUUUAAUUUUAUGCACCCCCCCACUUACCCUUUGUCCUUUCUUUCCGUUAACUCUUCAGGGGACAUGUUUGUUUUCCUCGUCUAACCAUCCAUUGUUUCUAAACUCUGGUGCUUAUUCUUUCAGUCAGUGGUCUAAAUGCAGCUAUGGCAGCGGCAUGCCAUCUUCCUUCUUUUCUGUGGCGUUGUGUUUUCAGACCACUGCAAACAGCAGCAAGCUGACGUUUUUUUCCGAGGAGCUAUCAGUCAUGUAUAAAACACGUAUUCAGCUGUCCCUGCUGACAAGAGCGAUGACAGUAUGAGGAAAAACAUCUACUGUAGCAAAAGGAGCCGACUUAAGUCAAAACUGCAGAACUUUGUGCUUCCUUAAUUUGAACAGAAACAUGUAAUCAAAGAAAAUCAACUGUGUAUGUGAAUAUUCAUUGUAUAAAGAUAAUGAAAGUAAAUAAAGUACUUAAAUAUUAUAAUUAUUUACACAGAGCCGCCGCUCCAUUGAUGGAAAUCUGUGAUGCCUUUGUUUCUAUCAGAAAUAGAUGGGACGUUUCAGGUUGCCUUCCCUGUAGCCAGUUAGAGGAAGGUUCAUCUGGAGAAAAAACGCUGAGUCAUGUUACUGUACAUCAUUCAGUAUGUGAUCAUGCGGCAGGGAUCUUGUUUCUGUGCUGACUGCAGCUUAGGCCACCUGAAACGCAUCCAAACUGUAACAUAUCGCGUGUAGAUACACACUGUAAACACCAACUACACUGUACAGAAUGCCCCUUUACUGGAGACCAUGUGUAUAGAAGAUUCAUUUUUAAUCUGCUUUCAACCCAUUUUAAUGGAGAGAUGGAUUUAUGAGAUACAAAUAAAUAAGUGAAUAAACCCCCUCCAUGACCAUGCCUUUUUUCUUUUUCCGUUGCGUCUUUAUCGGGGGACGAGAGGCCUUCUGCUCAGGAUUCACAACACAAUUUCUUUUUGUCUUAAAGAAAAAUCUAACAAUGUGAUCUUGGUUUAUCCUUUGUUUGGAUUGGACCUUGCCUGUGGAAAGAACCAUCAUUAAUAAAUGUAUCUGAUUAUCUUUA